AUGGAGUCUUCUUUUGCCAGUUUGGGGUCGCAGAGUGAUGUUACUCAGAAUAGUUUAGCAAAUGACCGUCUUAUUAUACAACAAUAUGCUAAAUACACUUCGACGAAUGAACCUCGUGUGCAAAGCAUCUCUCCCCGUGGAAACUCUCAAAAAAAUAACAGGAUGGAUCACGCAAUGUCUCCACCUAGUGUUAGAAGAGGGACGCCGCGCAGAAUUCAACUAUCUCCUAGAGAUUGCCGUUUGGGAAUUAAUCGAACUCCGGGAUCUCAAUAUGCGGCAUCUAUAUCCCCUGCUUUUUCUAUAACAUCUUCGGACAGACAUGGGGAAGGUAGAGAGCUGGCAGAAACUCGCUCGCUGCCUUCCCCGGAUAUUACUGAUGCAACAAUGGGCGAUGCUUAUGCUGCCUUUAUUCUUUAUUGCAACCCAUACGUACCGAGCGGAACUGAUACGACUGAAUUACGUAGGAUAUUUCGCAUGCCACCACGGAGCGAGGGCAAAAGCUUUAGUAUAUUUACCCUAUGGCAACUCAUUCAAAAGCUCGAUCGUAAAGAGCUAAAAACUUGGAUUCAAUUAGCGAUGGAGCUGGGGGUUGAACCUCCAUCAAUGGAGAAGAAGCAGAGCACUCAGAAAGUUCAACAAUAUGCUGUGCGAUUGAAGCGUUGGAUGCGCGCAAUGCACGUAGAUGCAUUUUUUGAAUACUGUCUGGGACACCAACACAUUUACUACACCCAAUUAACUUCUACUGACUCGAGUGCGGAAAGUCGGGAUGGUGUGCCGCGAGACGAAGACCUGGCUCUGAGAGCUCUUUUCCCCCAAUGGAAACCCAAAAAGGGAAGAAAGAGAGCUGAAGCAAAGGAAUUUGAUGACUCAAAGACAUCUAAGCGACCUCAUUUUGAUAUUCCCGGCGUUGGGCCAGAAGAUAACGCUUUGAGUUACAAUCAGGAAACAUUUCUUCACUCAGCUAUGCAACGCUCUGCAAUUCCAUGGAGUGCUUUUCCAGACGACUUGGAGCAACAUGACCCAUUUGCAUCUCACUCUGCGCUUGGGACAGAGCCGAGUAAGACAGGCAACCAUUUGAACCAACACCGAAUGAUCUCUCGAGACGUUUAUUCUCGCUGGCGUUCGCCAGGACGGGAGGUGUUUUCAGCACUGCAUUACCCGCAGUCAGCUAUUACGCCACGCUAUCGUGAUUCGGAGGCCAUAAUGUCAAUUGAACCCCGAUCCGCCAUUACUUCCUCAUCAGCUGAUCGAGCAAAUAACAAACGACGUCGUGGCCCGGCUGUUUCUUCGGCCUGGUCUACGAGUGGUAAUUUAUCAAACACUAAGAUGAGAGGUCGCCCGGGAGGGAAUCGAACAACCCAAAACGGACCAUUUUCGACUUUCCCAGUUCAAUCAGCAUGUAAAGAAAUUGAGGCGCCCGAAACAAACACUGAGCAUACAGGACGGAGCCACUCCGGGCUGACGCAAAAGACCGUAUCGAGUAAUGCAUCCGGCAAAGCUUCAGAUGCAUCUACAUUGGCUCCUACUUUCCAACCACUCAAUACAAGGCCCGCCAGGUUGCAAUUACAAGUCCCCCAGAAUCUCGGAGAUCCAGUACGAUUGGCGACACCCCCGACGGUACUAGUAAAUGGAACGAGUAGAAAUUCUCCAUUAGCUGGAGGGCCUGCUCGUCAGCAGACGAAUGAAAUAGAGAGUAACCUGCUCCCAUUCCUUGCGUACGGCCAACAGCAUGACUUGUCUGGAGCUGGUUUUACUCUUGAUGAUGUUGCUCAUGCAUUUUCGCUUAACAUACACCAAGGCAGACUCCUGAACCGUGAACUACCCCUUAGCUUGGAGGAAUCGAGAAGUAUUGCUGACAUGGCCAUUAAACAAGUUAAGACCAUGUGCUCACCCGGACUACCCCUGAGUGUAACUACAGUUUACUGCGCUGCAUGCCUUGGAGUGGGAUACAAGCUUGGCUUGGGAGGCUAUCCUCCAGGACAACUCGUUGUGAAGGUUUGCUACGAUAGCUUGGGCACCAAACACCAAGGCCGAGCGUCGACACCGCAACCACUUACGACGAGAACAGUAGCUCGAUAUAGUCUCAGCUACGAUUUCAUCCCAGCAAACUUGCUUACUGUGCACGCAACUAUUGCUGUGGACCAGAAUCAGGAAUCGUCAAGUGCCUACUCAGGGAUGGGCCGUGUGGCAGAGGAUUAUGAUUCGGAGGAUAAUAUCUUAAAUGAGUCCGAGUCCGCAGCCGUAUGGAAACAAAGAUACUUAAAUAUACGGAAGCAAAACCGAAAGAAAGAUCUGGCGCUGGGCAAGUAUAAGAAGAAAAUUCUUGAGGCUGUCAUGGAGGAUAUUUAG